AUGCAGAACGGUAAUUAUCUGUCACUCAUGUUUGAGUUCAAGUUUGGGGUCAAACUUGAACUCAAACGUGCUCCUUCCAAGAAUGCUUUGGUGCCAACGUUUGCCUCCAUGUUUGAGGAAAACUUGAGCGCAAACAUUGGCCUCCCCUGCUCCAAGUUUUCGUCCAAGUUUGAGGUUCCCCUGGGGCUUAUUGUUGAGCCAAUGUUUGCCUUCAAGUUUGAGGCAAACUUGGGCGCAAACUUGGCCUCCCCUGAAAUACUAGAGACUCCAGUGGACAAGGCAGAGAAUGAAUUUGUACUAGAACAAUUAGAAGAGGCUGUCUUUGUUCAAGAAGAAGAGUUGGUUGAAGAUCUAGGCGAUGCUGAACUUCCUUGGGUAUCCAGAAUUGAGGAAAAAUCCGUCCAGGAUGCUACAGUUGAUGCUAAGGAAGAUACUGUACAAUCUCCAAGGCAAGUCGUUUAUGAGGAAUCAGACGGAAUAAUCCAAGAAGCAAAUUCCCUUGAUGAUGAUGAUCACGAGUCCUCUUCUCUCAGUGAUGAACUUGCAUCUGCAAGUUUUCUUCGUGGAGCAAGGCCUAUAUUAUUUAUUGAUGGUUGCCACUUAAGUGGUCCAUACAAGGGAACUCUUCUAGUUGCCUUUACAUGCGAUGCAAAUAAUGACUUAUUUUCGAUUACGUAUGCAAUUGUUAGUGCUGAAAAUAAUGAGAAUUGGCUUUGGUUCCUAUCUAAUUUGAAAGAACUAACUGGGUCAAUUCCAGUUACGUUAAUAUCUGAUAGGCAUCCAUCAAUUAUUGCAGCUGUGGAGCAAGUAUAUGACAGGGAUAGACAUGCUUAUUGUUAUCGACAUGUGAAAGAAAUUUUUUGUGCAGAAACUAAAAAGUUACAGAGGGAAAUACGCGGUGAAGUAAAAGAAGAUGCAAAAAAGCUACUAGAUGCAGUUUGUUAUACCCGUUUUGGCACAGAGUUUACAAAAGCUGUGGAACAACUUCGUGUAUUUUUACCAGAACUUGCAAAUUGGUUAGAGACUAAAGGAGAUAUGAAAAAAUGGGCAAAGUCUUAA